CUUGCUGGCAGUACAUAAUCUGGGUUUGAAGCUGAGGAUCGCGUGCAUUUCUUUAGUUUAUCGGAAGAUACUGAGACUAAAACUUAGUGAAUUCGAAGGGAUGAGUUCUGGCAAAAUUCUCACGCUAGUUACAAACGAUUCGAAUCGUUUCUACGAGAUUCCUUUACUGAUACACUACAUGUUGGUGGCGGUGCUUCAAAUCGCGGUAGUUGGAUGGUUCCUAUAUAAAGAGUUUGGGAUUUCGUCGCUAAUUGGUGUUUUCUUUAUAAUUUCAUUCGUUGGGCUGUAUUACCUUUUGGGAACAAUUUCGAAACGGUUACGUUCGAAAAUACUCACGAAAACAGAUGAAAGGGUACGUGUGACGAAGGAGAUCAUCUACGGCAUACAAGUGCUCAAAAUGUACAAGUGGGAAGGCUAUUUUUCGAAUUUGGUGUCUGAAUGUCGCAGAUUCGAAAUCAGAUUCACGCGUAUUUCUUCUUACGUAAAAGGAAUGUGUGCGAGUUUCCAACUUUUUGUACUACGCACGUCGGUUUUUGCAACAAUUUUGGCCUUUGUGCUCUUAGGAAACGAUAUAACAGCGGCGAAAGCAUUUCAAUUAGUAUCUUUCUACGCUAUCCUGCGAGCCCCUAUCGUAUCCUUCCUGCCAAAGGCAAUUUAUGUGAUAAUGGAGUCCGUAAUUCCGCUGGAAAGGUUAAGCGAGUUUCUUCGCUGCGAUGAAACCCAGAAGGAUUCACACGCUCGCUCAGACGAAAGUGGAGACGCAAUUAUACUCCGCAACGUUUUUGUGCAGAAAGCUUCCACCAACCUUCUUUCUGACAUCAAUGUCAGUAUAGGACGGGGUCGCUUAGUGGUUAUUGUCGGGCCGGUCGGUUGCGGAAAAACAAGCUUGGCACACGCCAUCCUAAACGAGAUGUCUUUAAGCUCAGGAUCAAUAACAGUGUCAGGAAGUGUCAGUUACGCAUCUCAAGAACCUUGGAUUUUCACCAGCACUGUGCGACAGAAUAUCAUUUUCGGCAAUAAAAUCGACAAACAACGCUACGACAACGUAGUGAAAGCUUGCGCUUUAAGUCGUGACCUAAAACUGUUUCCUCACCACGAUCAGACAAUCGUGGGCGAGCAUGGUGCGUCACUAAGUGGUGGACAAAAAGCGAGAAUCGGUCUGGCUAGAGCCGUUUACAGGAACGCCGACAUUUACAUUUUGGACGAUCCUCUAUCGGCUGUCGACUCCCGGGUUGGAAAAUCAAUCUUCCACGACUGCUUCAAGUCACUAUUGAAGGAUAAGACUGUCGUCUUAAUUACUCAUCAGGUGCAAUAUUUGAAGGCCGCCGAUGACAUUAUUGUACUGAACAACGGUACGGUAACAGCCCAAGGUAGCUUUUCAGACUUGGUUUCCCAAAACGUCGACUUUGAUGUGAUACUUUGCAACGGGGACGGUGAAAUGAUCACAGAGUGCGAAACAAAUCCUCAGAAAGUCCGAACAACGAGCACAGGGUCAUUGGUGUCCAAGCAGGUAGAUGCCCCAGACACAACGGACGAGCAAACAACCAGUGGUGCCGUUGCAAGUUCAGUUUAUAAAACCUACUUCUCAGCGGGAAGCCAUUGGAGCACCUCGUGCUUUGUGAUUGCUCUAUUUGUGAUAGCCCAAGUACUUGCAAGUGGAUCUGAUUACUUCAUCGCUUACUGGGUGAAUUUGAAUCAAGUACAAACCUCGUCGGUCAGCAUGCCAAUUAACAUAUUCAUUUACAUUUACACAACCAUAAUCUUCGGAGUUAUAGUAUUUGUUAUUGCUGCAAUGGUCACCUUACAUAGUUUGUGCAUGGAAUCGUCAACCGGAUUACACAACGCCAUGUUUACAAGUGUUCUCGGAUCUCCAUUAAAAUUUUUCCACCUAAACCACUCUGGACGAAUCUUGAACCGAUUCUCCAAAGACCUACAAACAAUCGAUGAAGAGCUACCACUGAUGAUGCACGAGACUGUUUUGAUGGGUCUUAUGACUACUGGAGCAAUUGUUCUUAUUGCCGUUGUCAACUACGUGUCAUUAAUUCCAGCUGCCAUCGCUAUUGUAAUGUUGUACUAUCUGCGCAAGUUCUAUCUCGCAACAAGUAGGAAGCUUAAACGCAUAGAGGCGACAACUAGGAGUCCGGUUUUGGGCUAUGUAAACGCCACGAUCGAGGGAUUAUCAACGAUACGCGCGUUUAACGCUGAGCAGGUUGUGCUAAAUGAGUUUAACUACCACCAAGAUCUGAAUUCUUCCGCCUCUUACAUGUUCAUCUCAACAUCCAGAGCCUUUGGUUAUUGGACUGAUCUAUCGUGCACCAUGUUUAACACCUGUGCCAUAUUUCUUCUCCUUAUCACUGGCAAUAACUUCGGCGGAAAUAUCGGGCUAACCAUAACUCAAAGCUUAGGAUUGACAGGCAUUCUCCAGUUCGUGAUCCGGCAAUACGCUGAAAUGGAGAACGCCAUGACGUCGGUAGAGCGCGUUCUGGAAUACGGCGCCCUCGAGCAAGAACCGGAAGAUCACUGCAUUACACCUCCGCCAAACUGGCCGGAACACGGCAAAAUCGUUUUCGACAGCAUUUCACUCCGAUACUCACGUGAGCUUCUGAUCUUAAACGACAUCAACCUCGUAAUAAAACCAAGGGAGAAAGUCGGCAUUGUUGGGCGAACGGGGGCUGGGAAAUCGUCGAUAAUCAACGCCAUGUUUAGAUUAAGCGAGUUUUCCGGCUCCAUUACAAUCGACGGAAUCGAUACUAAGACUGUUCCACUGUGUGACUUGCGCUCCAAAAUUUCGAUUAUUCCCCAACAGCCGACCAUCUUCUCGGGAUCGUUGAGAAAUAACCUCGAUCCGUUGGACGAAUAUUCUGAUGCCAUUCUAUGGACAGCUCUGGAGAAUGUCGAACUGAAAGAUACCGUCAGUAAUUUACCUUUCGGUUUAAAUUCGGUAAUUACCGAAGGUGGUCUCAGUUUUAGCAUUGGUCAACGUCAACUGAUGUGUUUGGCGCGUGCGAUGCUGAGGAACAACAAGAUUCUCGUCCUCGAUGAAGCUACGGCAAACGUGGAUCCAAAGACUGAUCUUUUGAUUCAGACGGCUGUUAGGAAGAAUUUUUCGAAUUGCACGGUUCUGACGAUUGCUCACAGAUUGGACACUGUGAUAGACUCUGAUAAGAUUUUGGUUAUAGACGGGGGGAAGGUUGUCGAAUUUGACCAUCCUCACGUGUUGUUGCAAGAUUGUGACGGUGUCUUCUACGCCAUGGUUAAUCAAACGGAUCGGCGGAAUGUUUGCGAAAACGGAUGACCCAAAAAAUUCUCCAAAGAACUAUCACUGACCUUUUUUAAUUGCAAUAAAGAUUUUUUAAGAAUCUUGUUAACAUGUUACUCCAAAGACUGCCAUGUUAUAUUAGAAGCCCUUGUUUGAUGGAUCCCUCUUACUUCUGUUUGCGCCGCUGCUAAAACUCUAGAGAAGCCGCCGAUUUCCAAUCAUCUUCAUUCAAUUCAGUAAAAGGUUUUGGUAAUUCCCAAAGAAUAUUAGUGAAUAAUGUUGGGAAGGCACCCACAAGUACCAUCAUAAAAUAGGGACGACCAUUAUUUUUGGCAUAACUCGCAUAAGAUCAAAAGCUGGUCCGUUGUUCCUUUUUCCGAUUCCCUAGGUAAAAUUCGGCCUCGCUGACCAUUUUUCAAGUCGUCCAAAUCGAGAUCGACUCCAUUCCCGAGAGCGCACACCUAUGCACCGGUGCAAGGCAAAAAUUAGACAGGAGUAGUAGUUUGAAGCUCUAUUAAAGAACGACUUCCUAUCAAGAAGUGAAGCUCAUGGACAAGUACUGACUGCUCCAGCAUCAGUGUGGUUUCGAGACCAAGUCGCCCACUCGAACUUCACAAUCCUUCCAGAGGCAAACAACCUCAGUUUCAGAGUCGACACGCGGUGGAAAUGUACCAAGAUGGCCCAGAUUUUCGGUUCUGUAACCACUACCGCAGAACAACACCAACAGAUCCAGAAUUUUCCCACCUCUUCCUCAUCAGCCCAAGGACUACUGUUCCCACACUUUCCUCAUAAGGAGAGAUCAAGACUUUCUUCCACUCGCAUCGUAUAAGAUUCGUAUAAAUGGUCCGCCUUUUAGUCCAAUACAGUUCCACCUUCCG